AAUCAGCUGAUCGCUCAGCCCCUCCCACCUAUGCGCGCGCUCGCGUUCGCCUCCUCCGUCUGUCAUCGUCUGUAAUCCUCCGCUGUCUCUGCUGUCACCAUGGCGGAAAUCAAAACGGGAAUAUUCGCUAAAAACGUGCAGAAGCGGCUGAACAGAGCGCAGGAGAAGGUCCUGCAGAAGCUGGGAAAAGCAGAUGAAACCAAAGAUGAGCAGUUUGAACAAGUGGUUAUCAACUUCAAGCGGCAGGAGUCUGAAGGCUCUCGGCUGCAGAGAGAGAUGAAGGCCUACAUGUCUGCUAUCAAAGGAAUGCAGCAGGCAUCCAUCAAUCUGACCCAGUCUCUGCACGAAGUCUAUGAGCCAGAUUGGCAUGGAAAAGAUGAUGUCCUGACCAUCGGGAAGGACUGUGAUGCACUGUGGGAAGACUUCCAUAACAAACUGGUGGACUCGACUCUGCUGAACCUGGAUGAGUACCUGCAGCAGUUUCCAGACCUGAAGACUCGUGUGGCCAAAAGAAGUCGUAAACUCAUUGACUACGACAGUGCUCGUCAUCACGUAGAAACUCUGCAGGCAUCUGGGAUAAAGAGUGAUCGCAAAAUAAUUAAGGCAGAAGAAGAGCUGAAGAAGGCUCAGAGAGUCUUCGAUGAGCUGAACGUUGGUCUGCAGGAUGAACUACCAACGCUCUGGGAUUGCCGAGUCGGCUUCUACAUCAGCACCUUUAAGAGUGUGACGAGUCUGGAGGCAAAGUUUCACCGUGAGAUCUCCCUGGUGUGCAAGGAACUUUAUGAAGUGAUGACGAAACUAGCUGAACAGCACUCUGACAAAAUGUUCACUAUUCAAGGAGCACCAAGUGAUUCUGGACCACUGCGUCUUGCAAGAACCCCCUCACCACCAGAAGAUGAGAGCCCACCUGAAAGUCCAGAUGCUAGUUCCAAUCACAUGCUCCGCCCUGUCUCACCUGGACCACCACGCCCCAAAUCCCCAACUCAGCUGAAAAAGGGACCACCAGUGCCCCCUCCACCAAAAGUCACACCCACCAAGGAGGUAGCAGAAGAGCAGAUCAUCGACUUGUUUGGUGGAGAAUUUCUUCCAGCGCCUUCACCAUCACAGCCCAACGAACGACCUGGACAGUCUCUGCUGGACCUAGACUUUGAUGAUUUCCAGCCCGAUGAAAGUGUUUCACCCAUCCCACAGACAGCUGUACCUUGGGAUAUGUGGUCGGCGAACUCCCAACCUGCUCAACCUCAGGGUGCAGAAGCUGGCUUCGUCGCUGACUGGUCUGCUGACUUUGGUUCAGUGCCAGCAAAUGGAGAUGCUUCAACAGCUAAACCUCCUGGUGCCCCUGAGCCUCCUGCUGCAGGGCUGGAAGGGGAUCAGGGUGGGACUCAAGGCUGGCCCCAGGCUGAGGGUUUGCAGCCAGGUGAAGAUACAACAACUACUCAAGACAGUGAGUCCACAGCAGCUGAAGAUGAGGUGGCUGGUGAAUUCAAUGGAUUUUCACAGGAUGCUGCUGCCCCAUCCUUUUUUGCUGAUUUUGAUAAUAUGAACAAAGUAAGCCAUGAAUCAAAUGAAUCUCCUGAAGCACCAGAGGCACAAAUUCCUGGUCCUACAGAGAUAGCUGAGUUGCAAAAUAAACCUCAAGAGCCCUCUACUGGAGGAGAGGAGCAUGAAAGCCAAUCUGCCCCAGCUGGUGAGGACUCACUGAUCCCACCUAUGGAAAAAGAGAUGGAGGAACCUCCAUUCAUUCCAGUUGAUGAGGACUCGCUAAUCUCACCUGUUGAAAAAGAGAUGGAGGAAGCUCUAUCUCUUUCAGCUGGUGAGGUCAAAGAACCUGAAGAUCCUCCUGCUGAUGAAGAGGAAGUAAAAAGCUCAGAGAGUCUGAAGGAGGAGAAUGCACCUGCUUUAGUUGGAAGUCAAGACUCUGAGAGGGCAGAGCUUGGUGAGAUUCCUCAUCCUGAAGAGACCAAAACAUCUUUAACGGAGAACAUGCCCAUACCUUCUGUUGUGAUUGAACCUGCCUCGAGUAAUGAAGGCGAUGAUGAUCGGGAUGGUGACAUCAUAUCUCCUACCACCAUCAGUGACAAUGGUGUGGCAACUGAAAGCCAAAGCAUCAAACAUAUGACUCCAUCAGGGGGAGUUUCAGGACUUCCUGUUGACUUUCUUUACAAGGUGGAGACCAUGCAUGACUUUGAGGCUGCAAAUUCAGACGAGCUUGAACUAAAGAGAGGUGAUGUUGUUUUGGUGGUUCCCACAGCUUCAGUGGAGGAUCAGGAUGCUGGCUGGCUUACAGGGAUGAAAGAAAGUGAUUGGUUAACCCUAGGAAUUAGUGCUCAAAGAGGACUUUUCCCUGAAAACUUUACCCAGCGUUUGGAGUGAGAAGUUCUUUUGGUGGAAGACAAAAAUAUGUGUAAUAUGAUGUAAUCUGUGUAAGCAAUGCAGUCAGCAUGUAGCCAACCCAUUUGCAACCUGUUGCAACUGCAUAUGACAACAUGACACCUUGGUGACAAAUAAAUUCUGCUAAAAGUCAUUGUAAUACUGCUGGAUUUCCUGCAUAUCUGAUUAAUAAAUCAAAAUAAACAUGAUGUGAAGUUUUGUUUCAAUGAAAAAAGAUAUAUGGUUGAUUGGAACGUUUGCAAUCUCUACACAUUAACUUAGGAAGAGAUUUGAGUUGUUUGAAAAGAAACAAACCAACUCCAAAUAAGGCUAAAUGUACUUUACACCCUCGAUGUCAAAGGUCCCCAACCCUGGUCCUCCAGGCCCACAGUCCUGCAGGUCUCAGAUGUCUCCCUGCUCAUUAGCAGACUUGUGCAGCACUUGUCAGAGAACAGUUUAAUUUGAAUCUGAUGUGUUACAGCAGGGAGACAUCUAAGACCUACGAGAUAGUGGGCCUGGAGGACCUGGGUUGGGGACCUCUGCUCUAUGUUGUAAUGAUCAUGUUGCUUUGUUGUGGAAUAUACCAGAAACUGUAGUGCUGUGUUGUAUUUAUUUAAGUGUUGUUGAGUGUAACAUCAAACAUGUGAAUUUAUUGGUUUUCAGACCAUUACUGUUAAUCUCAAGUCAUUGUUAAUGCUUUCUGUACCAUUACUGAGUAAGGUUGAUGAUAGGUCUUUGUGUGAAAAGUAUUUCUUUCUUUUAAAGAAUAUUAAUAAUUCUUUCACUUUCACUUUAAAAAAUGUAGUGCACACCUAGCAUGAAACUUAAAAUAUUUAAGGAAUUUACUAUCUCAAGCUGAUAAAGAAUAUCUCCAAAAGGGAAAAUGUCUGAGCCAAUCAAAAUGUCUUAAACCUAGCCCUCUAUUUUUAUUUGAAGUGAAUGGAUGGAAUGUUUGUUGAACCCAAUAUGCAAUGUAUGUUAUUAAACACAAAGGUACACAUUCUAGACUGUACUGUGACUCUUAAAACAGAACAUGAUUUAAUUUGUUCGCAAAUCAGUGUUAGUGAAGACCAUCUACGUGAUAUAAAUGCUAUAAAAACCUGUGUGAAUACAAAUAAAUAUGUCUUCAUAAGGUC